UAAACUAACAGUCUUAUGUCGUACUACUGGAUAGAUAGCAACUACACCCAAACACACCUUAGAGGAGCUCAUCAUCGUAAGCAAGCACAGACUUGGCACAGUGAUGUCUACCCAACAACACAAAUGGAGAAGAUUCCUCAACUUCCUAACCCUCUUCUUCUUCUUCUUCAUCAGAUCAUCAUCAUCAUCAUCAUCAACAUCAUCAUCAUCCACUUCUCAACCAAUCACAUCAAACCACCCACAUCUCCAAUUCCCCUGUUCCCCACCCCACCACAACUCCUACCCUUUCUGCAACACCUCUCUCCCCAUCAAACCCAGAGCCCAAUCUCUCAUCUCUCUCCUCUCCCUCUCCGAGAAGAUCCAACAGCUCUGUAACAACGCCACUUCCGUGCUGGCGAGCGUACCUCCUUCAUACGAGUGGUGGUCCGAGUCUCUCCACGGGAUUGCCUCCAGUGGCCCCGGAAUCACCUUCAAUGGCUCCAUUCAAUCCGCCACUAGCUUCCCCCAAGUCCUCCUCACCUCCGCCUCCUUCAAUACAACUCUCUGGCGGUUGAUUGCCGCCGCGAUUGCGGUUGAGGGCAGAGCCAUGUACAAUCUUGGCCAAGCUGGCUUGACAUUUUGGGCUCCCAAUAUUAAUAUUUUUAGGGACCCCAGAUGGGGGAGAGGGCAGGAGACUCCCGGGGAAGAUCCCAUGCUCGCCUCCGCCUUUGCUAUCGAGUUUGUGAGGGGGUUUCAGGGAGAGAAUUGGAGGGUUGGUGCUGGAAUUGGAAUUGGGCUUGGUGAGAAGAGAGUGUUAGCAGAUGGUGAUGAUGGUGGUGAUGGGUUGAUGUUGUCUGCUUGUUGUAAGCAUUUCACUGCUUAUGAUUUGGAGAAUUGGGGGACUUUCACCAGAUAUAACUUCAAUGCUGUGGUUUCACAGCAGGAUUUAGAGGACACAUAUCAGCCACCAUUUAGGAGUUGUAUUCAACAAGGCAAAGCAAGUUGCUUAAUGUGCUCGUACAAUGCGGUUAAUGGAAUACCAGCGUGUGCGGAUAAAGAACUCUUGCAAACAGCUCGAGACAAAUGGGGGUUCAAAGGAUAUAUUCCCUCUGACUGUGAUGCUGUGGCCACCAUUUACGAAUAUCAGAAUUAUGCCAAAACUCCUGAAGAUGCAGCAGCUCUUGUUCUUAAAGCAGGAGUGGAUAUUAACUGUGGAACAUAUCUUCUUCGGUACACUCAAGCUGCCAUAAAACAGGGGAAGGUGGAAGAAGAAGACGUAGAGAGAGCUCUUCUCAAUUUGUUUUCAGUUCAAAUUCGUCUUGGGCUUUUUGAUGGAGACCCUAUAAAGAGGCAGUUUGGAAAGUUAGGACCUCAACAUGUUUGCAGUUCAGAGCACAAGGCACUAGCACUUGAAGCAGCAAGGCAAGGAAUUGUGCUUCUAAAGAAUGAGAAGAAGUUUUUGCCAUUAAACAAGAAUAAAAUGUCUUCCUUGGCUGUUAUCGGUCCAAUGGCAAACAGCACCCAAUUGGGUGGCGGCUACACAGGAGUUCCAUGUAGCCCAAAGAGCCUUCUUGAUGCAUUUCAGGCAUAUGCAAAGAAAACAUCAUAUGCAGCUGGUUGCCUUGAUGGUGUACCUUGCUAUUCCAAUGCUGGAUUUAUUGAGGCUCUUUCUAUUGCCAAAGAAGCUGACUUUGUCAUUGUAGUAGCUGGCCUGGAUUUGUCCCAAGAAACCGAAGACCAUGACCGGUACAGUCUUCUCUUGCCCGGUUAUCAGAUGGCUCUUGUUACCACUAUUGCUUCCGUAAGUAAAAAACCAUUGGUUUUAGUGCUUACUGGCGGUGGACCACUUGAUGUGUCGUUUGCCGAGGGGGACUCAAAGAUUGCAAGUAUUCUUUGGAUUGGUUACCCUGGAGAGACUGGUGGAAAGGCACUCGCAGAGGUCAUCUUUGGAGAUUACAAUCCAGGUGGAAGACUGCCCAUGACCUGGUAUCCCGAAUCAUUCACCAGCGUACCAAUGAACGACAUGAACAUGCGAGCUGAUCCUUCUCGUGGUUAUCCUGGAAGAACUUAUCGAUUCUACACUGGAGAUAGAGUAUACGGAUUUGGACAUGGCUUAAGCUAUACAAAUUUCACCUACAAGCUCUUGUCAGCACCAAACAAAUUGAUAUUAUUGGCAUCAACUAAGGCUGAAUCCAGAAAGAACAUGACACAACAAAGAGGAUACAAGCUUGAUUAUAUUCACAUUGAUGAGGUGGAAUAUUGUGAUUCGUUGAUAUUCCACAUAUCUGUUACAAAUAAUGGCGACAUGGAUGGAAGCCAUGUCGUGAUGUUGUUUUCUAGAGUGCCAAAUUUUUUUAAAGGUGCUCCGGAAAAACAACUAAUUGGGUUCGAACGCGUGCAUACUAUUUCUUACAGGUCUACUGAAACGAGCAUCGUAGUAGAUCCUUGUAAACAUCUUAGCAUUGCGAAUGAGUAUGGAAGAAGAAUAUUGCCAUUGGGCAAACAUACGCUAAUGCUAUCAGAUAUAGAGCAUAUUGUUUCGAUUGAGACACAAUAAAAGUGUUUUUGAAAUUCAUUCAAACUGCUUUAAAUUUGUAACUCAACAUUAUUUUCCUAUUCCUUGGAAUGUGCAUUAUUGAGAAAACAUCAGCCAUUCUUUGUAUUUAACAUUCAAAUGUUUGUAGAACAUAAGCUUAUGCAGAAAGCAAAGAAAGAACGAUGAUGAAGCAGCAGCUGCUGCAUUCUUGUAUUCUUGUGUUCGAAUUUGCAGAAAUUUGAUCAAUAAACAAAUUUGUUGGAUUGGGUUGAUCUGAUUUAUUUCAA